UUGGUCCACAUUGGUCAAACCAAGCCCAUGCCAAGCCAGGUCGGUUAAUGUUGUUUGUGAGCGUGAUUCCAAGAAGUGAUAUCCCAGUGCGCCGCGGUUAGUUCCUCGAAAUAGUUUUAUGGGAACUAGCCGAAGGACGGUGCAGCGUACUCUUGAUGCGCUCGUUUCCUGCCUGGUGGUGGUGUCGUGGGUGUUCACUGUCUACACGGGGCUCUUUGUGUCUCUGAAGCACCUUGAGCAUACGUAAAAGCUGUCAUGCAGAAGGAAGCCGACAACGCCGUCAUACAAGAGAAGAUGCGGGAGCUGACGCACGUUAUACAGCAAUGCCAGGAAGAGCGAAACCGGAGUGAGCAUAAUCUGACCAACAUCACCAAGACUCAUGAACGCAUCCAGCAGGAGCAGAAGCUGUCACCCUACUACAAGUCCAAGCUGCGAGGUCAGUACAAGACUGCAUUGCAGGAUGCCGAAAGCGAGGAAGAGCUGCUUCGCAAGGCCUUGGAGAUCAUUUUUGAGAUCCGUACUGUCCGCAAUGAAAGGCGUAUUGCAGCCAAGAAUUCAGGCAGCGUAGGCAGACGGAGCACAUCUUUUUCAGAACGCCCCAAGGAAGCUCUGCGUCGGGGGGCCCUGAUGAAGAUGCUCCAGCAGAAUGCACUCACAUUGCCCCUGUUCAUUGGCAAGGAGGAUGAAAAGCCACCACCACUGUGCGGGGCCAUUCCGGCUGAGCCAAACUACGUUGCCAAGGUUGGUGACAUGGUAGCAGCCUUGGCACGUGGUCCUGAUGAUGAUGAGAACUGGAUCUUAGCAGAAGUGCUUCACUACAGCCAUGGCAGCGCCAAGUAUGAGGUGGAUGACAUUGAUGAAGAGCAGAAGGAGAGACACACACUGAGCCGUCGCAGAGUUGUUCCCCUACCGCUCCUGCGAGCAAAUCCCCUCAGCGACCCCUCGGCAUUAUUUGCCAAGGGAACACUCGUGAUGGCAUUGUACCCACAGACUACCUGCUUCUACCGGGCACUGGUUCAUGAGCCUCCUAGUGGUCCCCAGGAUGACUACCUCGUACUGUUUGAAGAUUCAUCAUACCCGGAAGGCUAUUCACCCCCUCUUGCAGUUGCACAACGUUAUGUCAUUUGCUGCAAAGAGAUGCGUAAAAAGUAAUGCUCAGUCUUUUGGUGUUCUUCGCAGUGGCUGUACCUAUGGCUCCUACAGUGGUUGCUGUAUGUACCACUGAUGGAGCAAAGCUGUACAGAUGGAGUGCAUAAAGUUUCGAGGGACUAGUUUCAGGAAGGAAAGAAAUUGACAUGAUUUAUGUUCUGCCCCUUUCUUUUUUUCUGCGGAGUAGGUUUAGACCUGACAAUGGAGAGUGAAGUUUUGCCUCACUGGUCAAUUCCUCCGCACUCCCUGCUGUGAAUGAGGUAGCAGCAGGGGUCAUUAUUUUGUAUUGAUGCCUUUUCCGAUGCUAAUGUCCUUUCGUACUAUUUGAACUUCAUCAGUUGCCAGAGCAAUGCUCCGCCCAUGUUAUCGAGAUGAGCUGGCCAUGAGGGGUGGUGAAUGAUAAGACUGGCAUGUAAUUGAGAGGAAGGCCUGGCCAUGAGUGGUGGUGAAUGAUAAGACUGGCACGUAAUUGAGAGGAAGGCAUCACUACAAAAUAGUGGCCAUGAUUGUGCACAUCCACUUUACCGUAUUCAGCUACACAUUUCUCAGGGAAAUUUUACUGAAAUAUGACAUUUGCAUUAUAACAAAUGUGAAACCAAAACUGCAAUAGGUGGUGUCCAAAUAUACACUCUCCUUCCUGCCACUUUUGUUAUGAAGCAUAAUAUGGCAAGUUCUGGGCAGCUGAUAUCAAUAAGGAAGCCUCGGGCUGCAACAAAGAGUAAUGUCUAGUCCACAUAGUCUCCAUUGCAAUAAUUUUUCAAUUUCCAAGUGAGGAGAAAUCAUUUCUCUCCUGUACAAUAAAAAUCGGGUGGUGUAACAGUCAAAGGUGGUCAAAGGUCAAAGGUAUGGCAUCUUUUGCAGCGAAGUUGUUAAAGCGAGUUUCACAGCUGUUUUCAUGUGCCAAUGAAGGCGGGUGUGCAGCAGUGAGCUCGGUAUGAACAGCCAGCAAAGCAACCUCUGUCCUCUAUUUUUGCUUUGAAAUGUUAUCAUACGAUAAAGGUUACCUUGUGUAUGUGUCACUGAGAUGGAAAAAAACUUCUUGGCGGAUCAGUAAUCUGUAAUUCUUUUUCUCAUGUCUCGUUUUACUGGCUCCACGUUGAAGGUCAGCUGAAGUUUGUACAGCCACGGCAGUGAAAGCUGAUCACCUGGUCUGGCAGCAGAGCCUGCAUGGAAGCCCCAAAGCACUCGUAUAACCAGGGCAUUGGUCAUCUAUUAUUACUGCAAAUAGCCAGCAAGCAGACCCAUGGUAGAAGUGUGUGAGAACUUGCUUUUACAGCUUUGUUGUAUCGCUUGCUCAGACAUAAAAAUUGUGGUGUGUGUUACCAUCGAGGGUGCAUUAUAAACAAGUAUUUAUUUAUUUAUUUAUUAAUCAUACCCUCAGGGCCAUUACGGCAUUAUAGAG